UUGCUGAAGAACACGAAGAAGACACGUUUUCGGAGGUCGUGUGUUUAUGUUCGUAUCGAAUUUAAUUUUAUUCGUUCCCGAGACAUUGCCCCGGUUGGCAAGGUAGCCUGUAGCAAAGCGCUAUUAAACCGACAAACUUGCCGCUCUAGCAUGAGACUGAUAGAGAAAGUGUUUAAUCCUACGGGGAAAAAACAUGCCGGAACAUUAAUCUUCUUACACGGCUCUGGCGACACCGGCAACGGACUGACGGAAUGGAUACGCUUCCUGCUUGGACAUGAUCUUGAGUUCCCGCACAUUAAGGUGAUCAUCCCAACGGCCCCGGUCCAACCAUACGCGCCAAUGGGAGGCGAAAACUCAAACGUGUGGUUCAACCGCAAACGCAUCGAGAUGGAUUGCCCGGAAAUUCGAACCUCGCUGGCAUCUAUCUACGACACCGUGAAUGAAAUGCUGGUCCGCGAAAUGGCCGCCGGAAUUCCGCUGAAUCGGAUCGUCGUCGGUGGGUUUUCGAUGGGUGGUGCGCUUGCGAUGCAUACUGGGUACCAUUUGAACCGGGAUAUAGGUGGCGUAUUUGCCAUUUCGUCGUUUCUCAAUACCGGUAGUAUCGUGUACGAUUCCCUGGGCUGCAUUUCACCCGAUGAGAAGCUGCCGGAAAUGUUAAUGAUGCACGGUGAGCGUGAUACGUUGGUACCGAUCGAGUGGGGCCAAACUUCAUUCGACGAGCUAGCGAAACUUGGCGUCCGUGGACAGUUUGUGCCGCACCGUACGGCGUUGCAUGAAAUUAAAAAAGAUCAGCUGCUACGAGUUAUCGACUUUGUGCGGAAGAUCAUCCCGGAACCAGAGGACGAUAUACCGGUGGAACCAACGAAACCGGAUACAACAAAGGCCAGCAAAAACAUAAAAAAAGGAAAGCUAUAACAGGCUGAACGUUUAGGCUGAAUGAUAAGGCUGCAACAUGUGGUGUCCUAACACACACGCAUUAUACACAUCUGUUAUCUUCCGUAAAUCAAACUGUUCCGUACUCAGUGAUGCUGCAUGAAAUUGCGUUGUUAAAUGCGGCCAAGAUAAGGAAAUGUUUUACGGCUAGCGGAAACGGUUCGGUAGAGGUUAUUCUCAUUAGGAAGUAAACAAACAACCGACGGGCGGGCCUGUUUUAUAAUUUGAGCAUGUUUUGGUGUAUCUAAAAAUACGGCUGUAUUAUGUAUGGCUAAAGUGGCUUCGUGUGGUAACUAUUAUUAGUAUCCUCGUGGCGGCGUCCCACGAUUGGCGGCUAUCGUUCUAGAGUCGUUUGUUUCGAUACUAAGCAUAAAUGAAAAAAAAAAACGAGUACAAUAUAGUGCAAUAAACGGUGCAUGGCACAG